CGCGUCAUGUCCCGGUGGCGGUGUUGACGUCGGCGAGUCACCGCCGGGUCCCGGGUCCCGGGAGUGACGGAGGAGCAGUUGACGGAGCAACGACUGGGCCGCGGGUCUCGACUUGAGCUGAACGAUGGAGCCGCCGGGGGCUGGAAGUGGGGAAGACUAUGGUGAUGGAUCUCCAGUUGAGUCCAGGCUCGUGUCGCCUCCUGCGCCUUCCGAUGAGAGUAAAAGCACAGGCUCGCCAGGCUCACUGAGUGGUUCAGAGGAUUCGCAAUCAGGUGUCAAAGACCACGGGGAAGGACACCCAGAUGUGACUCCGUCUCUGUUUUCUAGUGACAAUAAAAACACAGAAGAUCAAGACACGUUGAUUGAUCCAGAGAGCUCCCCCUCAGCUGGGCAGGACCUCAGUGAACGAACUCAGGAGACAGCCGUGGUUGAGACACUCCCCAAUCAGAAUAAAAUCCCAGAUAGUCCAGAUACAAUAAGGAGUUCAGAAAGUUUAACUUCAGCUGGAAGUGAGGAAGACUAUAAUGGUGGAUCUCCGGUUCGGUCCAUACUUGUGCCGCCUCCUGCACCUUCUGAGGAGAGUAAAAGCUCGCAGAGUGGUUCAGAGGGCUUGCAAACAGAUGCAAGUGUGAAAGACUACAGUGAAAAACAACCAGAUUUUAUGUCAACUCCAGUUCUUUAUGACAAUACAAACAUAGAAGGUGAAGGCACGUCAAUGGGUCCAGAGAGCUCUUCCUCAGAUGCAAGUGUGAAAGACCAUAGUGAAAGACAUCUGGAUAGGAUGACAAUUCCAGCUCUUGAUGACAUUACAAGCAUAGAAGGUCAAGGCACAUCAAUGACUCCAGAGGGCUCUCCCUCAGCUGAAAACGAAGACCAAGAAGAACAUUUCAACAUUCGUCCUUCUAAUGCGACUUACACCAAUAAAGGGAUGUAUAAUUGGAUGUUUGUGGUCCUCGUGCCUCUGAUCGCUUACCUGGUUUACAUGAGCCAACUAGAAAACAGCCGACACGAAACCGAAACAUCAGUACAAACGUUCUUGCGGAACCUUGAAAAGGUUGAAAGGAGUUUUCAAAGUCAGCCAGACCAGCUGUGGAAGAGGAGCCGGAUAAUGUUACAGAAGCACGUCAACACGACCACCCACUCUGAGCCGUCCAUCUUGAUGUUCGCGGCCGCUCUGGACGCAGAGAAGACCCUGCGGUGCCUGAGCCGCAGUAUCGCUGGGGCUUAUGCCUCAGCGCUCGGCUCCACCGCUGUUGAGAUCGACGGCUCUGGUAAGAACCUGCUGGACAGCGACAAAGUGAAGAUGGAACUCGAUCAGCGGCUGUCGUCGGAGUUCAACGAAGGCAAAAAGGCCGCCGUGAUCCACCAUUUCCAGGACCUGCCACCCCCGUCCACCCUCCUGUUCUACAAGUACUGCGACCACGAAAACGCAGCCUUCAAGGACGUCUCCCUCCUGAUCACGGUCUUACUGCCCGAGGAGAGGCUGGAGCCCGACCUGAGCCUCAGCGCUCUGGAGGAGAAGGUCUUCGAUUUCCUGGUGGUGAAGUUUUCGGUCUCCAACAUACCCGGACAGUACAACGCCUUGGACGCGGACAAACUGAGCGGGCUGUGGAGCCGUUUAUCGCACGUCAUACUGCCAGUCAGGCCUGAGAAGGAAAUCGAGAAGAGUGGCUGCGAAGAUGAGUGAAAUCGGACAAGAAAUUAGACGGAAAAAGUUUGCACUGAUAUUGUUGAAUGUGAGGGAAUUAAUGAGCUGAGAACACAUAAUCCAAUGAUACCCAAGAAAUAUCCUUUUUUCAAGUUACAAAUGUUGAAAUUUCAAAUGUAAAUAGAAUUUAAAAAUUCCAAUACUGUUAUUUGCACACCUUUAAUAGGAAGUUUAUUUUACAAAGUUCAAUUGCAAUAUUCAGAGUGUAUUCGAAGACUUGUGAUUGUAAUUGCAGGUUCAGGGAAUAAAAUCCUACUUAAAAUUA